AGCCCGGCCCUAAAUGUGGACAUAGCCCAGAUACGAGGGGACGCUCUAGGUUUAUAUUUAAAACCACUCCGAUAAAACCCUAGCAUCUCCUUUCUCUUCUCCUCCAGGCCGCCCUACUAGCCAUUGGAGCUACAGAUAUUCUGUGCAGUCGAGAUCAGAGGUAAGCGAUAAUCUCCUCCCGGUUUAAUGUUCCUUUCCCUUGCCAUUGUCUAGCUGUUACGGAUUUUUGUUAAAGCUUGCCGAUUCCACUUGUACUUCCUCGUCCUCAUUUACUAGUCUGCUUAAAGAUUUUGUUUUUCUGGAUCUAGACUAUGCGUUGCGAAUGCAAUACCCUCUUUUUUGUUGGCUUGAUUCUGUUUCUGUUCUCUGAGCUUCAUUUUCUGCUUUACUGUUUGUUCUCUUAAGCUUUACUGCGAUACCGUCAAUGGUCUUCUGGUGUUUGAUAUUCUGGAUUUGUUUGUUUCUUGCGUUCUGGCGAGGUAGUAGAGAUGGCAGAAGAAGCUAAGGUAGCUGCUAUUGUUCCCGAGUCUGUUUUGAAGAAGAGGAAGAGAAAUGACGAGUGGGCUUUGGCCAAGACCCAGGCAACAGUGGCACAGAAGAAGAAGAGUGCCGAGAACAGGAAGAUCAUCUUCAAAAGGGCUGAGCAAUAUGCCAAGGAGUACAAGGACCAGGAGAGGGAGUUGAUCAGGUUGAAGAGAGAGGCCAAACUUAAGGGUGGCUUCUAUGUCAGCCCAGAGGCCAAGCUGUUAUUCAUUGUCCGCAUUCGUGGUAUUAAUGCCAUGGACCCAAAGACUAGGAAGAUUUUGCAGCUGUUCCGUCUGAGACAGAUCUUCAAUGGCGUGUUCCUCAAGGUCAACAAGGCUACCGUGAACAUGCUCAGGAGAGUUGAGCCCUAUGUGACUUAUGGAUACCCUAAUCUUAAAUCUGUCAAGGAGUUGAUUUACAAGAGGGGGUUUGGCAAGCUAGACAAACAGAGAAUUCCCUUGACCGACAAUGCCAUUGUUGAACAGGGUCUUGGAAAGUUUGGCAUCAUCUGUGUGGAAGAUCUCAUUCACGAGAUCAUGACUGUUGGCCCUCAUUUCAAGGAGGCCAACAACUUCCUGUGGCCAUUCAAGCUUAGCGCUCCAUUGGGCGGGUUGAAGAAGAAGAGGAACCACUAUGUGGAAGGUGGUGAUGCUGGAAACCGUGAGGAUUAUAUCAAUGAGCUCAUCAGGAGGAUGAACUAGACGUUUCACCUUUUUAUUUUAUUUUUAUUUUCAAGCUUUAGAGGUUGCACAACUUUUGACUAAGCCAUAGCUCCUGGGAUGUUAUGUUAUCAAUCUUUUCUGGAUCAUUGGAUAUUAUGUUACCAAGCGUUUUCUGGUCUCUAUGUUCCCAACAUCUAUAUUUGUAGUUGAAAGAGUAAUGUUUGCAGAAGUUUUGUGAGAAUAGAAUCACCAUCUUGGUAUCAAUAUCCUAUCAGUUCAGUUAAAGCUUUACUUGUCCGCCUUGACCACUGCUUGCAAUGUGGAAGGCUGAUUUGGUAAUAGGAAUUGCCGUGGGUUGGGAAUUAUAGUCGGUAAUUUGUCCUUAUCGACCUAAGACCCUCAUCCUUUUCAGUCCGUUAAUAGCCUUCAAUGAAAACCAACUUUGCCAAUGUUUGUGAGACCAGUUGGGGGACUGAACCAGUGACGCUAACCGUUACAGGUAUCCAUAUUGUUGAAGUGUGCUAUUAAUUAAUUAAUUAAGUAUUAAACCGGGAUGCAUCACGCUACUAUCCAUAUACUCAAGCUCGUUUAGGGAUGGUAAUGGGGCGGGUUUUCCUAAACCAUCCCCAUCCCCAUCUUCAAAUACCCAAACUCAUACCCGCUCCAUACCUAUGCGGGGGAAUGUUUUGCAACCCCAUCCCCAUACCCGUGGGUUUCGGGUACCAAUGGGUAAUAUCUAUCCCCGUACAUCCAACAUUAUUAUACCUAAAACUUACAAGAAAGGUUUUUAAUUAUAACCAUAAACAAACCUAUUAUAUCAUGAAGUCAACAAAACACGGUCAUUUUCUAAAUACGAUUCAAAGAAUAUGAUCCUAAAACAUCCAUUAAUACAUAAUAUUGACUACAAUAUUUUUUUAAAUUAUUAUGCUCUAACUCUUGAUACAUUUACUAAGUAAUAAUUAACUAACAUAAUCUUGUUGACAAUAGGGCUGACAAUUUGGUCCAGGACUGUUUGGUUUUACCCGAAACCGGACCGUAUAACCCGGAUCGGGACCGGACUGGGACCGGAUAACAAACAAUCCAAUCUCAUAUUCGGGCUUAGAUUUGAGGUAAAAAACCCGGAUAAAGACCGGAUAAGAGACCCCAACACUCAAAUCCCCACAAACUCAAUGUAAAAUCAAAAUCAAAUUGGGACCGGACCGGAUCAAGACCGGAGUGUAUCCAAUCCAAUCUUUGGUCCUUAUAUUCCUGAAAAGAUCGGAGUGGGAUCGGAUCAAUUUGGUCCAAUUUAACCGGACCGUACCGUAUAGCCACCCCUAGUUGACAAGGGGGAAAGUGAAAGAGUGGAAGGAGAACUGAGGGAAAUGAUUUAGGUUUUGAUUAAGGUAGUUCCUCAAUUGCAUUUCUACUAUUUAUUUCCUCGAGUUAUCAUAUCAUCAUUGAUAGAUUACAAUUUAAUCCACAUAUUUUUUGAUAUGUGAAGAAAUUCUCUUGGUGGGACGGGUAUGGGUAUGGGACGGCCCGCCCCAUACCCAUCAAACUUUUUGCGGGUUUUACCCAUACCCGCCCCAUACCCGAUCAAAGCGGAGAUUUCCCGCGUUGACUGGGUCGGGGGAGGUCGGGUACCUGUGGCCAUGGGUUUGAUUGCCAUCCAUAGCUUCGUUUCCAUUUUCUUGCCAUGCAACUGCUUGAUCCUGAGCAUCGUAUAGUGAAUUCAGUUUCUUUUGCGUAAUAUGGAUGCUAACAAUCUUAUUAGAGCAAUUUUCUUAGUGAGAAUUAGUUUUAUGUAUUGUAAUUUGAAUUCUCUCUAGUCCGUUUGCUAGCUCCUACCAAUAAUGCGCUGACUUAGGG